CUGAAGCAGCAGCUCUAAAGGAUCCGUGCCUUUGGUAAUGAGAAAUGGAUAAAAUAAGCUGGUAAGUGUCUUAAAUUAAGUCUGUCUCCUAUUAAAAACUUCUCUGCCGUGCUUGAUGCAUAUUAUCCCAUUGUUAACAUGAUCUCAGGAGGUCUUGGAUUGUCCUGAAGGCGCAGCUCUAGAGGGUCCAUGUCAUUGCAUUGGUCGCUGUCCACUGCGCCCGUGGUGCUGAAAUCUGGAUGAUGCCGGCGCAGCGACUGCAGGGCUGCCGCUCCCUUCACAUUAACGAAGACAAUGGGCGCUUUCUGCUGCUCGCUGUGCUCAUCAUCGUGUACCUGCUGUGUGGCGCUGCGGUGUUUUCCGCCAUCGAGAGGCCGUCUGAGAUGCGAGCACACCGGCGCUGGAACCGGACCCUCCUGAACUUUAGCGAUACGUUCAAUAUCAGCUUGCAGGAUCUGGGCGCCUUGCUGAAAGAGUACGAGGCUGCGAUUGCUGCUGGAGUUCGGGUCGAUGCUCUUCGACCCAGAUGGGAUUUUACAGGAGCCUUUUAUUUUGUUGGGACAGUGGUGUCUACUAUAGGAUUUGGGAUGACCACCCCUGUGACGGUAGCUGGAAAGGUGUUCUUGAUCUUCUAUGGUCUGUUGGGUUGUGCGGCCACCAUCCUGUUCUUCAACCUGUUUCUGGAGCGCAUCAUUACGCUGCUGGCCGUGGUGAUGAAGGCCGUGCGUCUGCGCCGUCUGCGGACCAGUGGUCUCCUCCCGCCGGGGAUCUGCCAGGACUUCGCGGCGAGUACGUUGCCCGGUUGGAAACCCUCAGUGUAUCACGUGAUGCUCAUUCUGGGCUUAUCGGCCAUCGUGAUCUCCUGCUGCGCUUCGGCCAUGUACACUCCAGUCGAAGGCUGGGCGUAUUUGGACUCGCUGUAUUUUUGCUUCGUCACCUUCAGCACCAUUGGUUUCGGAGAUUUGGUGAGCAGCCAAAGCGCCGCGUACGGCUACCAAGGACUUUACCGUUUGGCCAACUUCAUCUUCAUCUUGACUGGAGUAUGUUGCAUCUACUCGCUCUUCAAUGUCAUCUCCAUCGUCAUCAAGCAGGUCCUCAAUUGGAUGUUGGGGAAAAUGAGUUGCUUGUGCUGCCAGCGCUGCAACAAAGCCAAUGCUUUCUUGGGUCGCCGCAACGCCAUCAGGCCAGGCUCGCGCCUCAGACGCGGACGCUUCGGUCGGACGCCGGACUCGGAUGGACCUUGCGAUAGCGACACUGAAGGACGCAGACUCUCGGGCGAGAUGAUCUCCAUGCGGGACUUGACGGGAUCCAAUAAAAUCUCGCUUGCCAUCAUGCAGAAACAGCUGUCGGAGUCAGCAAAUGGAUAUCCCAGAACGGUGUGUGGGAGCUCGCGGCAGAACGGCUUUUCCGGCGGCGUUGGUGCUUUGGGCAUCAUGAACAACCGAUUAGCAGAAACCAGUGACUCUAGAUAGAGGUAACGCUUGUAAACAUCUCAGAAAUUAUUGUUUUUAGCAGUGAAACCUCUCCAACUCUCUCUGGACGGCGAGCGGUUUGGGUUUGCGAUUUCAGUUUUCGAGCUUGUGUAGAACAGCAUGGCAUGCAUGAACUGUUUAGGAUAUCCUCCACAGGAUAUGGAUCGUGACUUGCUACAAACGCGUGCUAGGAAAUAACGGUGUGCUCAAAUCAUGUUGGAUAGAUCGUAUUUAUGAGUUGAAAGCACAUGAGCGUCAGAAAGUCACAAUUAUGAGUGUGAAAUGAAAAAAAAAUCCCCAGAGUUGGGAUCCGAUCGUGUCAUUGAGUCAGAUGCAAUGAAUGCAUCCUUUAUAUUAAUGGUCAAUUGCCUCAAAUGAACUAAAUUGCAUUCAUAAAAUACCAUAGUACUGUGCAAUAACAUUGG